UCUGGGAUUCCUCCUGAUGCUCUAUGAUGCCUCAGCACUGAGGAGGUGGAUUUAUUAAAUCAACAGUUCUGUCAAACAUAUGCAGCUUAACCUGCAGGACAUGAUAUGAAUAUAAACUAAGAGUCAAUUUCAGCUGAAUUAGGAUUCAGAUAGAUCCAGUAGAAACUGGAAAGAACCGGAUGAAACAACCAAGUGAAAACCAAGAGCUUAUUUUCUGAUGUGGAUCAAAAUGGCCCCAAACAACCAAACCUUUCGUUUGGCUUCAGGCUCCAUAUUGACUCUGUAAAAGAUCAAGAAUCCUUUUGGCAAAUGCAUCCUGUUACAGAUUUGCUUCCUUAUAAACACAGUUUGGCGCCUCAGUGACAUUUCCAGACACUUCCUGUAUCGGUCAUGUGACUCAUUGAAAGCAACGCGUUUCGAUGCGGGGUUCGGUCUGCGGGUUUCGGUCUGCCGGGUUCAGUCUGCCGGGUUUCGGUCUGCGGGUUUGGUCUGCCGGGUUUCGGUCUGCGGGUUCGGUCUGCCGGUUUGGUCUGCAGUCUGCCGGUUUGGUCUGCCGGGUUUCGGUCUGCGGGUUCGGUCUGCCGGUUUGGUCUGCGGGUUCGGUCUGCCGGUUUGGUCUGCGGGUUCGGUCUGCGGGUUUCGGUCUGCGGGUUCGGUCUGCCGGUUUGGUCUGCAGGUUCGGUCUGCGGUCUGCGGGUUCGGUCUGCCGGUUUGGUCUGCGGUCUGCCGGUUUGGUCUGCCGGUUUGGUCUGCGGGUUCGGUCUGCCGGGUUUGGUCUGCCGGUUUGGUCUGCGGGUUUGGCGCAUCAGUGUUUCCGGAUCCAUCACUAGUGGUUUUGGUUCACUGAAGUUGGUCAGAUGUUUGUACUUACUUUUCCUGGUCAUAUUUUGCACAUUUUCCAUGUUAUGUUUAAAUGAAAACUCGUGAUGGAGGAGAUGAUGAGCAGGAGGAAGAGUCUGGCUCAUUGUGCUCUUCCAGAGGAAUCAGAUUAAUCUGAGACAGGAGAACAGUCGGUUCCAGAGUCCGGCCAGCGAACCCUGAACCAGCGAGGUGUGUUUGAUUUAUUGACCGGCUGGGCCUUCCUGAAGGUGCGUCUGCAGAUAAGGAGAUGCACUCAGAGCUGCAGGAAUGUGCGGCUAGUUGCGUAACGGCAGCGUCGUUCGGCGAUCUGAGCAGCGUUGAAGCCUCAUUAUGUCCGCAUUAGAAGAGCUUCAUUUACCUUUGACCAGAGUUCACGGGCUGGAGGCGCACACUUCAGGAGUUUCCUCUCUGUCAGCCUCUGAUGCAUGAGGUAAUAAGAGAGAUGGAUUCAUUUAGCUUCAGAUCCUUGGUGAGAAGACAUGGCUCACGCUUUUUUGAAGGUUUUCAGCAGAAGCUUAGAUUUUCAGAGUUAAAAGUCAACAAGUUCAUAAAGCCGUUUCUCUCUGCAGCCGAGAGCUUCAGAAGGAAAGUCUGGUUCCUUCAGACCGAAAUUUAAAACCCGAAACGACGUGAAGAGACGAGUUCUUACCUUCAGACUCGCAGCAGCUCCGUUAUGGUCCAGGACUGGGCAGGGUGUGGUGUUUAUAGACCAGCUGACUCACACACACACACACUCACUCACACACACACACACACACACACCCACACACACACACACCCAGCCACACACACACACACACACACACACACACACACACACACACACACACACACACACACACACACACACACACACACACACACACACACACACUCAGGCUGCAUGACUCAGUGAGCAGACUUUUCCACAUCAGCAUCAACAGCAAUUGCUCUCUGAGGUUCCGACGGGUCAGAGGAAACGCUGGCUCUUGAUUGGCUGGGGUUGUUUGGGAGUUUCUCCUCUGAUUGGCCGGUUCCAACCCUGGAAGACCCAGACAGAAAAACGUGGAACCAGGUAGGAGAACUUGAGUUUAUUAAGAUGCAGUGACAAAUGAAGUAUCCUCAGCAUAUUGUAUAACUUUUAUAACAUUUAAAAAUAUAAAUGUUCUAGAUGUUGUAAUGAUCAAAACCAAACACUUGAAGACAUUUUACUUCUGGUGCAGCAAAUCAAACUUCCUGUAGGAUCUGAUCUGUAAGUCUGAGUAAAAACAGAGGGAAAGUCAACAUUUGUUCUUUUCGUUGCUGGUUUGGUUUGAAAUAGAGAUUUAAUUUUAUACACACACACACACACACACACACACACACACACACACACACACACACACACACAGCCUGGAUCUGCUUUCUGUACGUUUCAGACGCCACAACUCUGAAGGAUCUAGGAAAACAAAAACGCCUGAACACUGACUGCUACAGCUGCAGUGGGAGUGGGUUUCCUGCAGUGUGGAAGUUUCUGUGAACUUUGACUGGAUGUUUGAUCAGCGCUGCAGGAAAACACCUGAAGGUUUAACCGAUUCUGAGUUUCCAUCAGUUCCCCGAUGGACCGUCCUCUGGUGGACAUGGCGACCGGGUCUCCGUGGCGACCAGGUGUUCCUCCUGGCAGAGAGCAGCAGCCGCUCUGAUCUCCAUCGAGGCUCACCAGGUGAUCCAGCCUCAGGAUGUUGAGCUGGGUGGUUAAAGUCGUCCCCCAGCCGCCUGAACUUCCAUCCAAAAACACUGAAGAUGCCAAGGAAGGAAAACCAGAAGUGGCCCCCCCCCUGCACCAGUAAGCCACGCCCCCCAUGAUCACAUCCGUUUUGUGUUUUGAACAGGAGAAGGUCACGUUUGAAGAUGAGUGCAAGAAGGAUGCUGCAAAAACUGACAAACUGAAUCAGGAAGUUGAGGCGCCUGCGGGGAACGGUCCGGGUCCAGGCAUGCUGACCUGGAUCAGCAGCACUCUCCCUCUGCCGGCGCCUCCGGCCAACCAGAGCCGGGCCAACUCCGCCGCCAAGGAGGAAGCAGCAGCAGCAGCAGCCAGCAAGCCCGACGAUGAGAAAGGGAUGAUGGCCUGGAUCUCUCAGGGUUUGGAGAAAGUUGUUCCUCAGCCCGAACCGAGGAGCAGAGAGUCUACGGCGGCCGAGCAGCAGCUUCAGGUGCAGCAAGCAGCAGCUCCAGCAGAAGCUCAGAGUGGCGGGAAGGAGCAGGCGGCGGGGGACCAGACCGCUCCACCCAGCAUGAUGGACUGGAUCAAACACGGCAUCGUGAAGGUGGUUCCUCAGCCGGAGAGCCUCCCAAAGACCGAAGGAACCACCAAGUCUGAAGCUCCAUCCAAAGCGCCCCCUGCAGUUCCUCCAACGACCACCAGACCCACGUCAGAGACGGAAUCUGCAAAGGAAGCAGAGCAGCAGCCAAACAUGGUGGGUUGGAUCGUCAGUGGAAUCGGCCGCAUGCUGCCGCAGCCCGUCCCCAGGCCGGAAACAGGAAGUGAUGACAUGCGGAACAUCAGUGGCGCUCAGAAGACGAGUGACUUGGUGCUGGAGGAUCUGGAGGAGGCGCAGCAGCAGCAGGAGCCGCAGCAGGAGGCGCAGCAGCAGGAGGUGAAGGAGGCGGACGCGGCGGAGCCGCCGACUGCGGCGGACGGCGUGAAGAAGGAAGCCGGCGACGGCGCUCACAUGGAGGAAAGGCUGCAGCGGCUGGAGGCGGCCCGCGUUGCCGAGGAGAUGGCCCGGCAGGCGGCGGCGGAGGCGGUCCGGCAGCUGGAGGUGGAGCGUUCGGCCAAGAUCGUCAUAGAAACGCUGCCGGAGUCCAACGACCAGCUGCCCAACAUCCUGGAGGAGGAGAACGAGGACGAACCGGAGCUGGAGAACCUGCAGGACGACAGUGAGGACAGCACAGAAAAUAAAGGCAAACCGAGUGAGGAGAAGCAGACAGAGCAGACUGAGCUGAAGAGGUGUCUGCUGGACAUCCGCCCAGCUGAAGACGAUCCUGAAGCUGCAGCUGAAGAAAAGCAGGUGGAGGCCCUGGCCCCGCCCACUGCACCUGAGCCAGCAGACCAGGUGACUCCUUCGUCCACGGAUGUGGAGCCGGCGUCAGAGAGGAGAGAUCUGGAGAGUCCCAUAACCCAACAACCAGAACCACACCUUGAAGAGGCCCCUACCCACCAUGCAGAGCAGAGUGAAGCAGCAGCAGCAGAAGAAGAGGCAGGAGGAUCUGGAGGAAGCUGCAGGAACACCGACGCUCCGGCGCUGAUGCUGCAGGCUGCAGACCCGGACGAGCUGCACCGACUCAACCGGAGCAUCCCACAGAUAAUCACGACCCCCGAACCGGAGACCAGCAGGCUGAUGUUGCCUCAGCUCAGAGCUGACCCAACGCCAGGCGAGGAGGACGAGGAGCUGCUGAAGGCCCGGUCCAGUCCGGGAGACGACGAGAUGCGGCCGCAGUCCGCCGCCAGCGUGGCCAGCGUCACGGUCCAGGAGCGCCUCAACCAGCUGGUCGGGCUCUUCAAGGGCCGGACGGAACGACACAAAGACCGCCUGGUGGAUCCUGACGAGUCCGAGGAGGAGAGCCCCACUGCCUCUCCUGCCAAAGCUCCACCGGCUCCUCCACCGCCCCCGCCUGGAGAGGAGAAGAAGGACGAACUGGAACCACCGCAGGAAGCGGAUCUGUUCCAGUUUGAACUCCUGGGACAUCCGGUCCAGCUCCCAAAACUUCCCCCGAUGCCCGACUGGCUACGGUCCAUCCUGGAGUACCGCUUUCCGUCCAGCAUCGACCCGUUCACUGACAUCAUCUAUGUGAUCUGGCUGUUCUUCGUGGUGGCGGCGUGGAACUGGAACGUGUGGCUGAUCCCGGUGCGCUGGGCGUUCCCCUACCAGACUCCCGACAACAUCCACCUGUGGCUGCUGGCCGACUACACCUGUGACUUCAUCUACAUCGCAGACAUCCUGGUCUUCCAGCCGCGGCUGCAGUUCGUCCGCGGCGGAGACAUCGUGUGUGACAAGAAGGACAUGAGAGAGCAUUACAUGACCACCGAACGGUUCAAGAUGGACAUCAUCAGCCUGUUCCCCAUGGAGAUACUUUACUACUUCACCGGCGUGAACUCGCUGCUGCGCUUCCCGCGGCUGCUGAAGUACAUGGCGUUCUUCGAGUUCAACGACCGGAUGGAGGCGGUGAUGAAGAAGGCCUACAUCUACCGGGUGAUCCGGACCUCCACCUACCUGCUCUACUCGCUGCACAUCAACGCCUGUCUCUUCUACUGCUCCGACUACGAGGGUCUGGGAUCCACCAAGUGGGUCUACAACGGGAAAGGCAACGCUUACAUCCGAUGUUACUUUGCUGUGAAGACGCUGAUCACCAUCGGAGGACUGCCGGACCCCACCACCGUCUUUGAGAUCUGCUUCCAGCUCAUCAACUACUUUGUGGGCGUGUUCGCGUUCUCCAUCAUGAUCGGUCAGAUGAGGGAUGUAGUGGGAGCGGCGACCGCAGGAGAGAACUACUACCGGGCCUGUAUGGACAGCACCGUCAAGUACAUGAACUCCUACAGCAUUCCCCGGGAAGUCCAGAACCGGAUCAAGACUUGGUACGACUACACCUGGAAGAGCCAGGGCAUGCUGGAUGAACAGGAACUCCUGAUUCAACUUCCUGCCAAGAUGAGGCUGGACAUGGCCGUCGACGUCAACUACUCCAUCGUCAGCAAAGUGGCUCUGUUUCAGGGCUGCGACAGGCAGAUGGUGUUCGAUUUGCUGACCAGGCUGAAGUCUGUCGUUUACCUGCCGGGAGACUUCGUUUGUAAAAAGGGGGAAAUUGGACGGGAGAUGUACAUCAUCAAGCAGGGGGAGGUCCAGGUGGUGGGCGGGCCGGACCUGGAGACUGUGUUUGUCACCAUCAGAGCCGGUUCCGUGUUCGGAGAGAUCAGCCUGCUGGCGGGGGGCGGAGGGAACCGGCGCACCGCCAACGUGAAGGCGCACGGCUUCGCCAACUUCAUCCUGGACAAGAACGACCUGGCAGAGAUCCUGGUCCACUACCCCGAGUCCCAGAAGCUGCUGCGCAAGAAGGCCAAGACGAUGCUGACCAAAGACAAGAAGCCGGAGGACAAGGAGACGCAAAAGGAGGCGGCUGAGGUCAUCCCCCCGACCGACACCCCCAAACUGUUCAAGGCCGCCCUGAAGGUCACGGAGCGCGCCGGCAUAGAGGGAACAUUCGCCAGGAUAAAGAAGGUUUACCAACCAGCUGAGGGCCAAACAGAGGCUCCGCCCCCCAUCUCUCCGAUGCCGCCUCCUUCUCCGAUGCACCGCCGCUCUCCAGUCCCGCGUUCGGCUCCGGAGGACAGGGACGAGUCGGUGGCAGAGACGGCGGACAGCUCCGUCAUCAUCAGGAUGACGCCGCGGCAGGAAGGGGAGGAGCUUCUGACGGUGGAAGUGUUGGAGGAAGGAGCAAAGAGGGAGGAAGAAGAGGGAUGAGGAAACUGCAGUUCCGCCUUCGGCCACAUGGGUCGCUACCGGUCUCAGAGGGGGCGCUGUUUCCUCAGGAGAGGAAACAUCAAAAUACCAGACUCAGUUUCCCAGAGUUCAUAGCUUUUGUUCUGCAGUCUGCCUCUGAACUGAAGCUUUUAGAUGCAGUCUGGUGUUUAUUAGUGAGGAUGAGGAGCAGGUCAUGAAGAGUAAAUGAUGAAGAGCAGCGUUGCUUCUGAAUCAACGACGAAGAGCUGAAAGAUCUGCGGCUCUAGCACAAAAUGCUUUCUAGUUUUAUUUUCCUCAGAAAUAUAUUUAAUUGUGUCUGACUCUCUGAGGGUGUACUUACUUAUUUACUUACUUAUUUACUUACUUACUUACUUACUAUAAUUAACUCAGUGCUGACUGGAGCAAACAAGCUACAAACACAUGAAUGAAUUCCCAAACAAAACAAAAAACUGCAACCAUGGGAAUCAGAAACAAAAUGCAAAAUUCUGCUGAAAGUAAAAACUGCAGCAAAAAUAAAAUAACUGCAACCUGGUUCCACCAACGGAGUCCUCCAGACCACUAGGGGGAGUCACACAGGACCUCAUCCUGUCACUGGAUGAAUGUUGGAGGAGGAAAGAAACAGGUGCGCUAUACUUCAUGUUAUUACAACAGCAGCAUAUCCACAUAGGCAAUAUUACUGACUGCAGACUCCGCCUGUGGUCUGGAUGACCUCUGCUCUGUGAAUUUGACGUGUUUUAUGCUUCCUGUCUUUUGCUAUUUAUGGCAUUUUCCCUUUGCAUCAAUUUAAUGAAUUUGCAAACUAUUUAUUUUCUGUGUAUUGGUUGCAAAGUUUACACCAGCUCUGUUCAAUCUGCGUUGAUCCGACUCCCGUCCAUUUGUCUACAAACUGUGGUUGGUUCUCAGAAUGUUAAAUCCGUUAUUACCUCUGACCUCUGGUCCUCCUGACUUUGGUCUGGAUUCAGUUGAAGUGAACUCUACUUCGGUUGAAUGUGAACGCCAAGCGAACUGGAGACCGCUCCAAAGCAGGAAAUGGACUACAGCACAGGGCAUUCUGGGUAAAUACAACCAAAGCUAAUAUGCUAGCCUAGGGUUAGCAGCAGAAAUGGCUCCCUGGUCUUCAGCCAAAGACUAAAGAGAAAUCCUCCAGCACUAAACUCUGACGCCUCCAUCUUGUUUCAUCUGGUGAAACAGGAAGUUGCUCUCAGCGUCUUCAGAGGUUUUAGUGUCGUUUCCUGCAGUGGUUGUUGGUGCAGCGCCCCCACAGGCCAGGAGGGGAACAGAAAUGUGCAUGUCGUUGGCAGCCUGCCGGCCACCGUACUUCCUCCUGGGCCAACAGGAAAAGCAGCACAGUGUGUUUCUGACGUACCAUUUAAAGUGUUUUCUUCCAGCCUGUAGGGGGCGCCACAGCAGACCUUGUGUCUCCAUCUGUGAUGUGGACAUGUUGAGCAUUUCCUGUUAUAAAUCUUCCUAACAGAAUCUCCCUGAGCGGUCAGAGGGGUGUGAAACGUUGUGCAGGGCAGAUCCGGUGGUUUCUGCAGCUCCUGCUCAUGUGAGGCACAGGAAACAGGAAGGGCUGUUCCGGCCGGAGCGGCACAGGAAACCCGGAGCCCCAGGAGAUCACGCCAACGUGGCAGGAAGCUGCUGAUCCGUCUGAGCCCAAAGGAUCUGCUCCAAACUUCCACAUGUCUCCUGAUGCUGGAUUGUAACUCUCAUCGUGUUCCUGCUGCUUCCUAACGUUGGGAAUGUUUUCCACUGAGUCGCCAAUAAAAGCCAGGCUGUGUGCAACAGA